AUGGCAAACCUCUUUACACAAUUCCCCGGCGAUUACCGAAUUCAAAGAUCCCCCUCUCUACCAAGGCUAGAAACCUCCGAUUCAGCGCACCAGCUCCCCAACAGCAACUCAAGUCUGACCGGCCCUACUUGUUCAACACCCGGGGCGGGAGAGAAGUCCUUCUUUCCAAAGAGAACUAUCCUCGAUAUCUCACCAGAAAUCAUAGACCAAAUCCUCACUUCGCUCAAGCCCGAAGAUCAAGCCUGCUUCAUCUUAACCUGCAGCUACUAUUAUUCCCGAUACCAGGCCUCCCUCAAAGACAAGAGCCUCCACGAGCAUCGAGCUAUCGGAGACCCAUACCGGGCCUGGGAGAGCAAUUCCAAGGUCAAUAAAACACCCAGAGUACUGUACUUGAACACCAACGAAAGACCAAUAGUAAAACUGCUCCGCCGACUCGCAAACGAUCGCUGGAAAUAUUGCGGGGAUUGCUGGAGACUUCAUCCCCAGUCUCAGUGGGCCGACACGAGUCUGGGAAAACCAUGCAUGCCAUAUGCCGGUGUCCUCGAUCUCUGUCCAUGCGUUAGCCUUACGUACAUGGAUUGCCGGAAUCUCACCGAGUCAUUGCAGGAAGUGAACAAAGAGUUGCGUAUCACAUGGGAUUGGAGGACGUAUUUCGAUGAUAUUUUCAAGUAUCCGUAUCCGAUGGAUGGAUCAUACUAUUAUAUCCUCCAUCACAAGUGUGACUCGGGUCACUGGUUCAAAGAUCAUCCGUUCGAGAAUGUCGAAGUGCAUAUCACAUUAGACAAUGACCUGCAGGGCUCGAAGCCCACCCUUCACGCUAGCCUACGCAUUUACUUUGACUUGCCGGAGGGGAUGACUCGAUUGCAGGGCUACAAAUGGCUGUGGGAUGAGUUCGAUUCCAAGCGUGUCCAAACGACUGACGGUCGGGAUGGGGUAAUAACGAUUCAACGUAAUGAUAAACAACGUGACUAUAUUGAGUUCAAAAGUAGGAUUAGUCUCGGGAAUGGACGAUGGCCGGAUCAAUCUUGGAUGAAGCCAGGUUGGGAGGAGUGGCUGACCGGUUAA